AUGACGCGAGAUACGAUCGUUUUAAAGGCCACUGAUUCUUGUAUAAAACCCUCCUUGAGAACUCGAACGGGCUGUUUAACGUGCAGGCGGCGGAAAAAGAGAUGCGACGAGCGCCGCCCAUCCUGCACUGGCUGCCAACGUAACCGCCUUGAAUGCCAGUGGGAGUCUGCUGGCUCGCUCAUAUGGCCCAAACGCCGGCGAGCAAGGGGGACUGGCGCCGAGAAACUACUACCUGACCAGGCACAAAGAAUGGUGAACGUGUUCUCAGUCCUAACUCCCGACAUAGUCUCCCGCUUGCUCCGUCACUUCCUCAACGCUAGCCCAAGAUGGUUAUCAACUAGAACUGGACCUCGACGGACUGACUACAUGAAAUGGCUCUCUCCUGCUCUAUCAAAGAGCCAUGUUGUGCGCAGUUGCGUCCUGGCAAUAGCUGCGGCGGAUUUACUCAAAUACUAUGGUAACCACCCACAACUACAGCAUGCCGCAUUUGAAUACUACGGACAAGCUGUCUCGAGCCUUAGAAGAGCAAUUGAAAGCGAAUUGUCAUUUGAUUCGUCGUCUGACGCUUUUUCUUCUGACUACACCCCGCUAUCCGUCCUUUUGCUAUGUCUACAUGAGACUCAGAAUUUUACCAGCCGCGAGAGAAUCCUUCCACAUCUCAAUGCAGCGGCUUUUCUCCUGCAGAAUCGCAUUCGCUGCGACAGCAUAGACACCGACUUGAGAGGAUAUCUAUUCGAAAUGUUUUGCUAUUUUUUCGCCUUAGCACGUUUCUCCCUUGGCUCUGAGCUCUUGAUCGCACAAGCAGAUCGCAUCUUUGCCUCCCCGUCAAUCAUCCAACAUAUUCAGCACGGCCAUAUCAUGGGAAUCUCCCAGUCUUUAUUCAUCGCCAUAUACCGCAUAUGCCAUUUUUCUCAUGAUAUGCAAUCUAGCAUAUCUGCCGAUAGAUCUUCCGCACGACAAGGGCUUUUACUGCUUGACCAAGAACUUACAGCCUGUCAAAGCCAGCUCACCAUCGAUCCUAGUAUGGAUCAGGGGCAUCUCAAUGAUGUCAUUACAUCGAACCUGUACAGUUUGGCAUGUCGCAUUCACAUCAAAGCACUUCUUACACACGAAUCUGAUGAAACCGACACGGUUCACUCCCUGAUGGAGGAGUUCAUAAACAACUUACAGCAUCUUCCUCCCCACUCACCAUCGCACAACAUUCUGUGCUGGCCGCUGGUUAUUGCGGGUCUUUCGGCGAAAACUUCUGCAUAUCAACGUAUUAUCGUUGCAAAGCUGAACAAUAUACACGAAGAAUGGAAAUCUGCCGUUUUCUCGAAAAGUGCCGAUUUCCUGCGUGAACUGUGGCGAAGGGAUAGGGUAAUGCGACGCAGACUGGCCAUUGCCAGUGGCUAUGAGUAUUCAUCUACAUUGAAUGGAUGGCAAGAUGCGUUCCAUGAAAGAUUUGGGGAUCACCACGCUCAUCGCCGUCUUUCCGAGCUGGCUAUGACUGGCAGUACCUAUACUAAAUAUAUAAGUGGUUGGGCUUGCAGCAUAGUGGUAUUCCAGCCAAUGAGAUCAGAUAGCGGCAUAUCCAAUAUUGUUCUGCAACAAUCCGAUUUAUUAUGCCUCUCCGCUCAUGCGACAAUGAGAGAUGCUGAUGUACAAUUGGAGAGCAAACGCUCUGCCUCAUUGAGUCUCCAUGUCAUAUGGCUGGGAGCGGCUUACCACGGUCACAAUUCCCGGCAUUGUUCGGUUCUUCACAUGACGGCAUGUUGCAGUGAUAAUAUGAGGGUGACCACUCGGUGUGAUAUAUAUAUUGAUGUGAACAAAGAACUUGCCAUUAUUUCAAUGACAAGUAAGCAAUACCCUUUUGCAAGGGAUAAGUACGUACUACUAGGCUACCUGGUUCCUGUAGGAUAUUGCUGA